UGUAGAGCAGUGUAUUGUUUUCCUCUCCCCACCCCCUCACUUCCCUCCUGUUAAUCCUCCAGCAGCAGCAGCAGCAGCAGUCAGGGAGCAGCGACGGAGGCCAACAAAGCACCAACUUAAACAUCAAGUGGAUAGAUUUUAAACCAAUCAAUAGCUAUGGCAGCAAUCAGGAAAAAGCUGGUCAUAGUGGGAGAUGGAGCCUGUGGGAAGACCUGUCUGCUCAUUGUGUUCAGUAAGGACCAGUUUCCAGAGGUCUAUGUGCCCACGGUCUUUGAGAACUACGUUGCUGACAUUGAAGUUGAUAGCAAACAGGUCGAGUUAGCGCUCUGGGAUACAGCAGGUCAGGAGGACUACGACAGACUGCGCCCGCUCUCCUAUCCAGACACUGAUGUCAUUCUCAUGUGCUUCUCCAUCGACAGCCCUGACAGUCUUGAGAACAUCCCUGAGAAGUGGACUCCUGAGGUGAAACACUUCUGCCCCAAUGUUCCCAUUAUACUGGUGGGAAAUAAAAAGGACCUGCGUAACGAUGAGCACACCCGGAGGGAGCUUGCCAAAAUGAAGCAGGAACCUGUGAAACCAGAGGACGGACGGGACAUGGCUAACAGGAUCAGUGCCUUUGGAUACAUGGAGUGCUCUGCAAAAACAAAGGAUGGCGUGAGGGAAGUGUUUGAGAUGGCUACCAGGGCUGCACUACAGGCCAGGCGGGGAAAGAAGAGCAAUAAAUGUGUCCUACUGUAAACGGGGGCACGAGGACUGCUUCCUACGGGGGGGAAAGAAGGAGCAUUAGGUCAAACCUACCCCCAAACACACCCACACAAAAAGACUGUUCUCCCCAGUUUUUACUAAAGGUGUAAUGCUUUUACUUUUUUUGUCUUAAGCAAAAGUAGUCAGGUUCUGUCAGUAUUCAAUUUUGAGGUUAUGGAAGAUACUUUUUUGUACUUUAACAUGAGUAAAUUUGCCAUAAUGAAACCUCCUUUAUCAACAUGUACUAUGUAAUCAAAGAGGUCAGCCAGGGGACCCGCUGUGUCAUACCUGCCAACUACAGUUAAGUGCUUAAGCCCUGCCUGCUGAUCUGAGGAAUGUUUCCACAGCCAACUAGGGUGAAGUACCUGUACACUGUGACCAAUAGUCCUUUAAUUAUUUCAACAAACAAGACGCACACAUGAAGUCGAAAUUUGUUUGUGUGCUUCAUAUACAAAUCCUAUGUGCAUUAUGAUCACGUGCACAAUAUGAGACUGGAAACUCAUUUUGUUAAAACGCAAAUGGAAACUUAGUGUUUUGUGUAAUAAAUUACUUUGUAAGAAUCUUGAUAAUUUGCAUCACUUAUGUGAUAAACACUGAAUGACACUUAACCCAGGGAGUUAUAGUCCCACUGGGAUACAGAAUAAAGACUUAAAGCAGGUUUCAGACAAAAUGUUUCCAAGGAUAAACAUUUUUCAGCAUACAGCCAAUUCAACAUUGGCCUUUUUUCAUAAGCAUCUAAGUCACUAUGUAUUUCAGAGUUGGGGUCAGUCACAGUGGCAUUGUAGAUUAAUACAAGCCGAUCUUUGGUUAUCAUCGAUAUGGUCCGACAGAUGCAGGAUUUUUUUUAAGGUGAUAUUGUUAUUUGAGAGUUACAAAAAUCUUUUUUUUUUUUUUAUAUAUACUUUGUCAACAUAACCAUCAUUUCAAUUGGUUAAUACAAAAUUAAGAUGAAGAUAUUUGCUGAGCUAUCUCUGUGAGCUGAUAACGUUCAGGCUCAACUUGUCGGCCUCUGUACGUCCAGGCCUUUUUGAUUUGCAACCCAACAGGAAAUGUAAACAAGUGCUUUAUUUAACAUGCAAAUAAUACAACAAAAUUGCAGUU